CAGAGGCCUUGUAUUUGGGUCCAUGGGUCCUCUGUAAUUCUCUUUGAGUAGGGUAUCAAGUUACCAAAGCAAAUGCAUCCUACCAGUUGGAGCAAGAAACACCAUGGAUAAUAGAAGAAGAUAUCCAGAGUCAGAUUCAUCCAGGAGACACCUGGCAAGUUGAUAGUCAUAGAGACUGGGACAAAGGAAACCAUGGCAACCUGGAAACUAUGGAGAGUCACCACAAAGAUAAUACAUUUGGAAAAAUACCUUCUCUGGGCUUAAACCUUGAUGUCUCUUUAGCACAAAGAUCUCAUACACUUGACAUACUUGGGAAACAUUUGAAACCUAAUCUAGAGUAUAUUACUCAGAAGAAAAGCUAUGCAAGAAAUGAAGUUGAAUUUAAUCAAUAUGACAAAUUAUUUCUUUAUACUAAGCAUGAGAAAAUUCAUACUGGACAAAAAUACAAUGAAUAUAAUGAAUACAUGAAAGCUUUCAGCCGUAAGUCACACCUUAUUAAACACUGGAAGAUUCAAACAGCAGAGAAACACUGUAACUGCAGUGACUGUGGGAAAGCCUUUUCCCAGAAGUCAGACCUCAUUAAGCAUCAGAGAACACACACAGGAGAGAAACCCUAUGGAUGCAGUAGAUGUCAGAAAGCCUUCAGCCGGAAGUCCCAUCUCAUUUUACACCAGAGAACCCAUACAGGAGAGAAACCCUAUGAAUGUAACAAAUGCGGGAAAGCCUUUACUGAUAAGUCAUGCCUUAAUAAACAUCAGAGAACUCACACAGGAGAGAAACGAUUUGAGUGUCAUGUAUGUCAGAAAGGCUUCAGUGAUAAGUCACAACUAACUUUACAUCAAAGAACUCAUACGGGAGAGAAACCCUACAGAUGUGGUGAAUGUCAGAAAAGCUUCAGCAAUAAGUCACAGCUCAUUAUUCAUCAGAGAUCUCACACAGGAGAGAAGCCCUAUGGUUGUGAUGAGUGUGGGAAAACAUUUCCCCUUAAGUUUAGCCUCAUUUUACAUCAAAAAACGCAUACAGGGGAAAAACCUUAUGGAUGCAGUGAAUGUGGAAAAGCCUUCAUCCAGAGAUCUGAGCUCAUUAGACAUCAGAGAACUCACACAGGAGAGAAACCUUAUAAUUGCAGUGAAUGUGGGAAAGGCUUUAGUGUAAAGUCACUUCUUAAUACUCACUGGAGAACUCAUACAGGAGAAAAGCCCUAUGGAUGCAAUGAAUGUGGAAAAACAUUCUCCAUCAAAUUUAGUCUCAUCCUACACCAAAGAACUCAUACAGGUGAGAAACCCUAUGAAUGCAGUCAGUGUCAAAAAGCUUUCACCCAAAAGUCACAUCUCACUAUUCAUCAGAGGUCUCACACCGGAGAGAAACCUUACGAGUGCAGUGAAUGCCACAAAGCCUUCAGCCGAAAGUCAUAUCUCCUUAUUCAUCAGAGAAUUCACUCUGGAGAGAAACCUUAUGAAUGCCAUGAAUGUGGGAAAACUUUCUCUCACAAGUUUAGCCUCAUCAUUCAUCAGAGAAUCCAUACAGGAGAGAAACCCUAUGGAUGCAGUGAAUGUGGGAAAACUUUUCCUAUCAAGUUUAGCCUUGUUUUACAUCAGAAAACACAUACAGGAGAGAAACCCCAUGAAUGCAGCAUAUGUCAGAAAUCUUUUGCCCAGAAGUCACAUCUUAUUAUACAUGAAAGAACUCACACAGGUGAGAAACCUUAUGGAUGCAGUGAGUGCUGGAAAACUUUCUCCCACAAAUUCAGCCUUAUUUUACAUCAGAAAACUCAUAGAGAGAAAUCAUGAAGAAAGUAAAUAUCCAAAAGUUGUCAUUGAAAGGAAAUAGCUCAUUAUACUCCAGAGUUUAUGUAGGAGUGAAACCUUAAGACUACAACAGAUGUGGACACGUGUUCUUUUCAGAUUCAUGCUGUAUUACUUAUCAGAGAAUGGUACUACAUAGAAUGCCAGAUAGGAGAAAAUACCUUUCUCAAUAAUUGUCAAGUGAGUGUAGCCCAGAGAGAACAAAUAGGAACUUCCAUGUGUGUAUUAAUUGUGGGGAUGUCAUUGGUAUGAAAUUCAGCUACUUUGGUAUCAGAGAAUUGACAUUCAGGGGAAAAGUCUCUGCUUUCAUGAAUAUCGUUUUAUGAGGGAAGUCAUUUUCUGCAAUUGUGACAUAAUAAACAGCAUAUUAGAGAAUAUUAAAUAUGUAAAUAAAUAUGGUAGUCAGAAAACAAAGCAAAAAUUAUAUCAGAAGCAUGUGAGAAUAUGUGUUUUGUACCUACUUUAUUAUAAAAUGAUUGUUCAUAUUUGGGAAUUGUGUCUGUUAGCAUAACAAUUGUGACUCCCUAGUCCAUGUGCUUAAAUGUCAUAAAACUUUA